AUGUCCUCGGUUGCAGCUCCGCUAAAUCGCCAACAAAGCUGGAUCCCACUGCUCUGUGCAGCAGCCGCAUUAUCCCUCCCACUCACCCUCCACUUCUUCCGGACGCGCGAUGAUAAUAUGAAUUCCACGGCCCUAUCGCCACCAUCCUCUCUUCCAUCCCUACCUUUAUUCCUAGAAGCGCAGAAAUGGGCCUCCAAAGACCCGAAGAAGAUUGCUAUAAUCGACAAAACCAAAGAUCUAAGCUUUACAUAUCGCCAAUUACUCAACGAUGUGUCCGUGUUGAAGAGGAGGAUUCUGACAGAGCUGAAGGUCCAGGAUCUAGAGGAAAAGAGGGUUGCAUUCCUUGUCCCUGCGGGAUAUGAUUAUGUAGUUUGUCAGUGGGCGGUAUGGGCGGCUGGCGGAGUUUGUGUGCCGUUGUGCACAUCCCACCCGCCAAAGGAGUUGCUAUAUACAAUCUCGGACUCCGACCCUUCCUUAGUGAUUCUACACAGCUCAUUCCAACACAUCAAGCCGGCUUUGCUUGACAACCCUUCCAAGGCUACCUUUAUAGAGUUUUCACCUAUCGUUGACGUCAGGAGUUGCACCUCCACCCCCAACUUUCACCCUGCGUUUCCAUCGUCCCGACGGGCCUUGAUGAUAUAUACGUCUGGCACGACGGCAAACCCCAAAGGUUGUGUCACAACGCACAAAACGAUCACAUUCCAAGCAACCUCACUCAUCGAAGCAUGGAAAUAUACCCAUUCCGACCACCUAAUCCAUGUCCUUCCCCUACACCACAUCCACGGCAUUAUCAAUGGCCUCAUAGCCACUCUCUUAAGUGGCGGCAUAGUCGAGAUGCACGCCAAGUUUGAUCCCCAGGUUGUCUGGGAUAGAUGGAGCAACCCCGGUUCCUCGACCAUGUUCAUGGCCGUACCUACCGUUUACUCACGACUAGUCGACUAUUUUGAUGCUCAUAUCCGAUCCACGGAUGCAGAAGCAGCGUCUCGAUCAGGUGCAGGCGCAUUACGGCUUGUAGUCAGCGGCUCCGCAGCGCUACCUACACCGAUUAAGACGAAGUUCCUCGAAAUUACUGGCCAAACUUUGCUCGAACGCUAUGGGAUGACUGAGAUUGGCAUGGGCUUGAGCUGUGGUCUUGACGUCUCGCGUCGCAUAGAAGGGAGUGUGGGCUGGCCCCUCCCGGGUGUGCAGGUGCGUCUAACACAGCGAGAUACGGGAACAACCAUCCCUACUUCCUCAUACGAUGAAGAUGGGAUGAUAGAAGUUAAGGGGGAUAAUGUGUUCCUUGAAUACUGGCGACGGCCCGACGCGACGGCAGCGGAGUUUACGAGUGACGGGUGGUUUAAGACUGGUGAUGUGGCAAGACGAGAUACGGCUGGUGCUUAUUAUAUCCAAGGCCGGGCGUCAGUGGAUCUGAUCAAGAGUGGUGGGUAUAAGAUUUCUGCGCUAGAGGUGGAGAGGAAGAUGCUUGCAUUAGACGAGGUGCAGGAGGUAGCUGUGGUAGGAAUUGCCGAUGAGGAAUGGGGCCAGCGUGUUGCUGCUGUUGUCAAACAGAGAAAAGGCACAACAACGCUGGAACUCCAUAGCCUCCGUGCAAAACUGAAGACGGAAAUGGCCGCGUAUAAAAUUCCUAGUGUUCUGAAGCUCGUAGAGAGCGUCGAACGGAAUGCGAUGGGGAAGGUGAAUAAGAAGAUGAUUGUGAAAAAAUACUGGCCAGAGCUUGUAUGA